CUGGCGUCCAAAUUGGUAACGCUUGCUGGGAACUUUAUUGCCUUGAACACGGUAUCCAACCUGAUGGUCAAAUACUAUCUGAUAAACCCACCAAAACUUGUGACGAUUCAUUUAGCACCUUUUUCUCUGAAACAGGGGCGGGUAAACAUGUUCCCCGUACAGUGUUCGUUGAUUUAGAACCUACAGUCGUUGAUGAAGUUCGUAAUGGUACCUACCGUCAAUUGUUCCAUCCAGAACAGUUAAUUACUGGCAAAGAAGAUGCUGCAAACAAUUAUGCCCGUGGUCAUUACACAGUCGGAAAAGAAAUUAUUGAUCCCGUACUCGAUCGUAUUCGCAAGCUCGCAGAUAAUUGUUCUGGUCUUCAAGGGUUUUUAGUUUUCCACUCCUUCGGAGGUGGUACUGGUUCUGGUUUCAGUGCUUUGCUUUUAGAACGUCUCUCUGUCGAUUAUGGAAAGAAGUCUAAGUUAGAAUUUGCCAUAUAUCCUGCUCCGGAAGUUUCAACCGCUGUCGUCGAACCUUAUAAUUCUGUUUUGACAACUCACACUACAUUGGAGCAUACAGAUUGUGCUUUCAUGGUUGAUAAUGAAGCCAUCUACGAUAUUUGCCACCAUAAUCUCGAUAUAGAAAGACCAACUUAUACAAAUUUGAAUAGAUUGAUUGCACAAGUAGUAUCUUCCAUUACUGCUUCUCUACGAUUCGAUGGUUCCCUCAACGUCGACUUGACCGAAUUCCAAACCAACCUUGUUCCGUAUCCCCGUAUCCAUUUCCCAUUGGUCACAUAUGCACCAGUUAUCUCAGCUGAAAAAGCUUAUCAUGAACAACUUACCGUUGCUGAAAUCACCUACGCUUGUUUUGAAGCAAGCAACCAAAUGGUUAAAUGUGAUCCUCGCCAUGGAAAAUAUAUGGCUUGUUGUUUGUUAUAUCGUGGUGAUGUCGUCCCUAAAGAUGUUAAUGCUGCCAUUGCUACUAUCAAGACUAAGAGCACUAUCCAAUUUGUUGAUUGGUGUCCUACUGGUUUUAAAGUUGGUAUUAAUUAUCAACCCCCAACCGUUGUUCCUGGUGGUGAUCUUGCUAAAGUUCAACGUGCUGUAUGCAUGUUGUCAAAUACAACUGCCAUCGGUGAAGCUUGGGCACGACUUGACCAUAAAUUCGAUUUGAUGUACAAAAAACGCGCUUUCGUUCAUUGGUUUGUCGGUGAGGGUAUGGAAGAAGGUGAAUUCUCUGAAGCACGUGAAGACUUGGCUGCUUUGGAGUUGGAUUACAAGGAGGUAGGGGAAGAAUACAAGGAAAUCGAUUCUGCAGAGGAAGGGGAA